UCGGGCGCAUUUUUUCUUCAUCGUGAGCCGGUCAAGAUGGCGGCGGUACUGCCGAGACGGAGCAGCCGCUCGGCUUAAUCGAUCAUUUUAUCUAAACCACCGGGGCAGAUCGGAUUCAAACCGACCAAAUCGCGCGGCACAACUGCGUGAAAUCAACCGCUGCCUGCGAUAUCCAACGUGAGAUCCUAUCGCGUUAAACCCGGUGUUUUUUCACGGAAAUGCUCUUACUCUAGUUUGUGUCUCGUCCAUUACGUUAGCUGUAUUGGGGAGAAUGGGAGAAAAGCUGGAGUUAAAACUGAAGUCGCCGGUCGGAGCCGAAGCUGCAGGCUAUCCGUGGCCCUUACCUGUAUAUGAUAAACAUCAUGAUGCUGCACAUGAAAUCAUCGAAACUAUUCGCUGGGUGUGUGAAGAGAUCCCAGAUCUUAAGCUGGCCAUGGAGAACUACGUUCUUAUCGACUACGACACCAAGAGCUUUGAAAGUAUGCAGAGACUAUGCGAUAAGUACAACAGAGCCAUUGACAGCAUUCACCAACUGUGGAAAGGGACCACCCAACCCAUGAAACUCAACAAGCGGCCUUCCAAUGGCCUGCUGCGUCACAUCCUGCAGCAGGUCUACAACCACUCUGUCACCGACCCAGAGAAACUCAACAACUACGAGCCGUUCUCUCCCGAGGUGUACGGGGAGACCUCCUUCGACCUGGUGGCUCAGAUCAUUGAUGAGAUGGAGAUGAUGGAAGACGACACCUUCGUGGAUCUGGGCAGUGGAGUUGGUCAGGUUGUUCUGCAAGUUGCUGCAGCCACCAACUGUAAACACUACUACGGCGUGGAGAAAGCAGACAUUCCAGCAACCUAUGCAGAGUCAAUGGACAGGGAGUUUAAGAGAUGGAUGAAGUGGUAUGGCAAAAAACACGGCGAGUACACGCUGGAAAGGGGAGAUUUCCUUUCAGAAGAAUGGAGAGAACGAAUAGCAAACACAAGUGUUAUUUUUGUGAAUAACUUUGCCUUUGGUCCUGAGGUGGACCACCAGCUGAAGGAACGAUUCGCCAACAUGAAGGAAGGUGGAAAAAUUGUAUCCUCAAAACCUUUUGCACCUCUUAACUUCAGAAUAAACAGUCGAAACUUGAGUGAUAUUGGCACAAUAAUGAGAGUAGUUGAGCUGUCCCCUCUGAGGGGAUCGGUUUCGUGGACGGGGAAGCCAGUGUCGUACUAUCUGCAUACGAUAGACCGCACCAUACUUGAAAACUAUUUUUCUAGUCUCAAAAAUCCUAAACUCAGGGAGGAGCAGGAGGCAGCCAGAAGGCGCCAGCAGAAGGACAGUAAGGAGAAUAAGAGCAACACCACCACCCCGACCAAGCCCAAGGAGCACAAGGCGCAGCAUGACUCUGGUGGUGAGGAGGAGCGCUCAAACUCGCUUGUGCCAGUGAAACCGUCACCCAAACCCCGCCGGGCUAAACUGCUACCCAGGGGCCGCAAGCUCGGCAACAGGAAGCGCGGGCGGCCUAAAAAGGCUGCCACUGCCACUGCAGCCGAGCGCAAGAACAAGAAGAGCCAGAGCGCCCUUGAUCUGCUGCACGCUAAGACCCUCUCAGCGGCCCCCCCUCAGGAUGCAUACAGGUCACCUCAGAGUCCGUUCUAUCAGCUACCUCCCAAAGUGCAGCAUUAUACAUCAAGCCAGCUUCUCAUGAGCCCCACUCCACCAGGCCUGCAGGCUCUGCUCGAUAACGUGAAAGUCCAGUACCUGCAGUUCAUGGCCUACAUGAAGACACCACAGUACCGGACCAACCUGCAGCAAGCCCUUGAGCAGGAAAAGCUGAGACACACAGAACUGUCCGGUCAAGCCCAGCAGCUGCUCAACGCUUGUCACACUCAUAAGGAGAAGAUCAGAGACCUUUUCCAGUCCAAACUGGAGGAGCUGGGCGUGAAGGCGGUGACCGUGGAGGACCUGAUACAAGCUCAGAAGGAGAUCACAGCCCACAACAUGCAGCUGAGGGAGCAGACCAAACAGCUGGAGGAGGACAUGGCCGAGCUCCGCGAUCAGAACCUGGUGCUGCUGAAGGCUCGGUGUGAGGAGCUCAAGCUGGACUGGGGAUCUCUGUGUCUGGAGACUCUGUUAAAAGAGAAAGCGGCUCUGCGAAGACAAAUCUCGGAGAAACAGCGCCACUGUCUGGAGCUCCAGUUGAUGCUGUGGCACGCUGAUCCUGGUGCUUGUGCAGGCUGCACUGGUUCAGAUCUGGCCUGUAACAAGAUCAGCAUUGUUGAACUAGAGAAGAGCCAGAGGCAGCAAGAGCUUCUGCAGCUCAAGUCUUACAACCCGUGUGAGGAGUCCCCCUACCAAAAGGCCCUUCCUGGUCCAGAACCCCGGCCCACACUGGAUUCCGACACCCCCAAACUCACCCCACACGCCUCUGCAGGGCUCAACGGCCUCAGCCCCGAACUAUCCAUCAAUGGCACAUCCUCGCCGGGUUACGAGAGGGGCAGUGGCAGUGGAAUGGGCAAAAAUGAGCUCCUCACCCGCUACCUGCCUAUUUCCCCUGACCAUGAAAUUGUGCCGCCCACCCCAGACUCGAGAACCAGGCAGCUAGGGCAACCCCUGCCCGACUACACCCGCUUUUCUCCAGCUAAGAUCGCCCUCCGCAGGCACCUCAACCAAGAUUCGGCCGCCAAUCAGUUUAGAGCCCUUGGCAACAUCCACCGGGGUGACACUGGUGCUGUUUCAUCUCCAACUCUGGGACUAAAACAUUCUUGCUCCUCGCCCAGUUCAGCUGAUAUUCAAGCGACCACCACACCCAAGAGCACAGAUAAGGAAAAGAGCCCAGCUGCCCCCGGCGACACCAUAACCAGUCUACCAAUCAGCAUCCCCCUCAGCACUGUGCAUCCCAGCAAACUUCCUGUCAGCAUCCCACUGGCCAGCGUGGUGCUGCCGAACCGUGCAGAAAGAUUGAGGAACACUCCUAGUCCAGUUUCGAAUCUUGCAGGACAGAGCAAUGGCAAGCCGCCUCUCACGCCUACCUCAGCACAUGUGAACGCGCUGACGACGUAUCCUGUCUGCGUGAACUGGGUGCGCAGAGGUUAUUCCUCCAGCUCAGGGUUGGUGAAUGGCUCUCACUCCGCCAUGCUGACCGAGGACCAAGACUGUGACGCUGCAUCCCCUCCCCCUCACAGCACUCCCAUCAUGGGCCUCCAGCUUCGCUGCUCUGGCCUCAGUCCUGCGCUGGGCACCGGAGGUGUACUGCAGUACGCUGACGGCCCACCGAGGCUUCCCCCCGAGGAUGGCCAUGACCGGCCGGGCCUUGAAUCCGACACGGAGCCCUUGGACAGCGAGGCUCGUCGCCGUAUCUUUUUCUCCUCGUCCUCUUCUUCCUCCUCGUCUUCGUCCUCCACAGGGGGCUCAAGGCUCCACCACGGGUCGGUAAAGCAGGGUCACCAUCACAGUAAGCACCAUCACCACCACCACCACCAUCAUCAUCAUCACUCUCCGAGCUCCCACAGCCAAGAGGGGCGGAAACGAGGGCGGCGGAAGCGCAGCUCCUCUGGGGCCGUUCCCAAUAGCGGAUCCCCUAAAAGAAGGGCAUUUCCGGGACUUGGCUGCUCAAGCCAUUCUUCUGGAUCACCGCUUAAUAUCAAUUCAAUGGUGAACAACAUAAACCAGCCUUUGGAGAUCUCCGCCAUCUCUUCCCCAGAGCAGUCAGGACGAAGCCCGUGCGGGACAGAUCUAGAUCAGCCUCCUGUGCUGAAAAGAGAGCGUCCCCUGGAGCUCAACAACACAGGUCGUUAUUCCUCCACCCCUAGUUCAGAUGAAGAAGGCGCCAAUUUUGCCCCGGACACCUCUAGUUCAUGCCGAAUUGAACGGAAAAUCGCCACCAUUUCCUUAGACCGAGAUGGACCCAUCAGAGAUGUGGAAAGGGGCUCACAAGGACGUAAAUCAGGUGCCAGUAGCGUGAGCAGUGAGGUAUCAUCAUCAUCAUCUUCCGGAGCCAGCAAAUGGAAAUCCACCUUCUCCCCAAUCUCUGACCCCAAGCCAACUCCUCCGGAUCUCCGCCAAGGUGGCUCGCCAUUCGGUGUGGGGGCUUCCCGAGGCGGUACGGACUCUGACUCAGACCAGAAACCGCAGAGGAGAGGGGAGCGUGAGCGUGAGCGUGAGCGUGAGCGUGAGCCUUACGGGAACUCGAACCUCUUCCUCAGUCAGGAUGGCGGUGGCCGCUCAGUCGUCAGUGCAUCGGAGCGGCCACUGCAGAAACAGAAAUCGCGGGAGUGGGACCUGAAAUCUGUAAGCGGAUUGGCCAGCCAGAAUCUCUUUAUAUCCGCCGCGGCCAGUGGAGGCAUCUUGAGUGGGAAAGUGGGUGGGGCCGCCACAGUUUCCUCCGCCACCUCAGUGGGGCAGUGCUUCCCCCUGAGUGGGGCUUCGGUCCUCCAGUCCUUAUUUGGAGCUCAGACUCCCGGACCUGCCACCGGCGGAGCCCCUCGGUUGGUCAACGGACAUUCGGCGCUCAGCAGUUUCUCCAGCGCUGGGCUGGCAGGGGGCGCUGCAGGAGGGAUUUUUCACCACAUGGUGCCUUCAGUCUCCUCACAGCAGUCUGGGGCCAAUCUCCCGGGCCCCGGGGCCCUCAGUUCCCAGCAAAGGCAUCUGGACACAAACCCCAAAGCGGGGGCCUCGUUCUUGGCCUCUGGCUCCUCGCAGCACAGCCGCACACAGACAGUCCUACACGCUCCCUCCCCACCCGCCCUCGCCCUCCCUCUGCCCCCUCCCCUCCUGAACGUGUCCUCCGCCGCCCCGUCCCAACCUUCCUCCCCACGUCCCGAGCGCCACCAGUCCUCAAGGCCGCAGUCGUCCCUCCCCGCCUCCACCUCCUCCCCAUCUCUGGCCGCCACAUCUGCUUCUUCCACCUCCUCCGCUUCCACCCGGCCCUUCACUGUGCACUAUCCCCCGCACCUGCCACCUCCGCACCCUCCCGGCAGCGCAGGUUCAGGUGGGACUGGCAUGUCCUGGAGGACUCUGGGUAUGCAGGCAUCCUACACGGCCUCGCAGAUCCCCGGCAAUCGCCCCAGAUAGGACACGUCUGGGUGUAGAAGGGUGGGGGGAGGGGGCCUUUUGAAAAUAGACUAUUACUAGACGGACACAGGGAAGCUACUGCGCUCUGCAAGCUGUAAUGUUAUGAGUCCCAACAAGGUAACUGAAGAAAUCUACCUCAACCCAACAUAACCUAUGCAAUGGACAGGUGUGGACCAAUGGGCUCGACUCGCUCUCCGGUGCUCAAACAUUUGCUAAAAGACGCCACUGUAAAACUGGCAUGGGUAUCAGAACUUAUCACAGGUGCAGCUUAACACACACACACACACGCACACACACACACAGCCCCUGAAUCACAUUCAGAUUGACACCGUAUGCAGCUUCCUUGUUUUUUCAGAGUGUUUUAAGGUGGCACCAUGUUGGGCUGAUGUUAACAGCCGUUUAUCAAUAUUUGUGAGUUUAACAUAGCCUUACUGAUGGAUGGUUUACUAAAUUUGCAGCCGCCAUCUGGUGGGUUCACAAUCGAUGACACAGGAAGUGUUUUAAAUGUCAGGAAUAUAAUUACAGUCAGUCCGGUUUCAAUGGGCCGUACACACACACGCACACAAAAAAAAAAGACUUGUGAAUCUGUAACCUUGCUGCUGUUAUCAGUGGAAAGAAAUGUGGCUUUUUGUGAACUCCUAUUCAGAUGGACUCCAUGAAGCCCCUGGAGCCUGAUACUGUUCCCAUGCUGGGACAUCACCCUUACAGCCUGUGCUUGUGCUGUGAAACUGAUGUUAACACAUCUGUCUGAUAGUGUAGUUGUCACCUUUGCUUGGGCAUUUUUACUUCUCAUCAUAUUAAUUAAUUGCCUUGUAAGGUGAAAUAUGUUGGAAACCACAAGUUCCAGCUAUAUAAGGGUGAAUCUCCAAGUGAUAUUUUACCUCAAAAAGAAGACCAUUUGAAAUUAUUGCUUAAUAUUAAAACCAAGAUUUUUGGUAAUUGUGAAAUUUUUCAUGACUGUUAAGCACAUUUUCCCUAAGUUCUCAUUACAAUAAUGCCAAAAAAAAUGCAUUUGUCAUGUACUGUAAUUCAUCUGGAUGUUUUUAGAAUUAGGAUUUAUGAUCAUUACACACAUAUAUAUGUGUGUGCUUAUCAAUUAUACGUAAUUUAGUUAAAUUGCAAUAUUAUUUUGCAUUGCAGUACUAAACAUGCUUUGUUGUUUGUGAAAAUGUUUUGCAGUACAUCUAUAAAAAUUUUCUUGCAUUACAGUAUUGGGCGAUGAAAUUGAUUGUCAUGAAAAUCAAGUCACUACCAAAAAAAAAUUUAAUUAAAUUUUUGAUUUAGUAUUUUAUUUUAUUAUUUCACGUUCCUCUUUGGGGUGAAAUAUGACCAGGCAUGUUCUUGAUGAGCUUCAUGAAAUGCACCAAUAAUUAACUAAUUUCAUUUUAUUUUUACACUGGAUAAUUUACCUGUGGAGCUGUUAAUGACAAACGUAUUAAAACAGCAUGUCAUUUUUUUAAAUGUAAGCUUUUAUUAAUCAAAGGGAAUAAAUUCUAAUUUAAAACACAAAAUAUGAAACCAACACAAAUGCACCUUCCAGGAAUACACGAUUAAAACACAAUCUGCAGGGAGAGAAGUAGUUAGAGCCACAGAAUGAGCGACAGGCCUGUAGGAGCCAUUUAAUCAGGUUAGUUACUUUAACUACCAGAUCUUAUUGAAUCACUACGUUUACCAUUUGGUUUGGUUUAGGGCCCUGUUUUAAUACUCAAGCUUCCAUGUUCCUAACAGUUACUGCUGAACCUUUAAUACAAUGCACAUAUUUUGUUCAAUCAGAACGCGGUGUCUUACACGGUACAGGCUUAUUCAGGUGAAUCUGGUGCUGAACCCAUAUUCCUCGCAGAUUUCAUAGGUGUUUUCCAUCGGAUUACCAAAUUCGAUGGUUGUCGUGGUGCUCUUUGCAACUUGGAAAACCAGCACACGCUUGUACAUACAAACACACUGAUUAAAAGAUGUACACACACUGGGAAAAUGCAAGAUCACAAAACGACAAAAAAAAACUACUGGGCAACUUCAACUCAUCCUUUUGUUUCUCUUUUAUUCCUUUUGUGUACGUUUUUUUUUUUCUGUACUGUGAAUGGUAGCCUCUCUCGGACUGUAUAAUUGUGUAUAUAUAAUUUGGGUUAUUUAUCAUUUUAAUUUUCUGUCUUUUUGUUAUUUCUUUUGGUUUGUGAUUGCUCUUAUUUUGUAUUGGAGCAGAGCACAACACGUGCAAAGUGUAUGUACUUGACUCGCAGUCUAAAAAAAUGGUGCUACAAUCUGUACAACUUUAGACUGUGCUUAUUUAUAUUAAGAUCAUCAACAACAACAACAAAAAAGAAAUGAAUAAAGAUUUUUGGUGCUUCUUUUACACAGGGAUGUUUUUAAGCCUAGCGGCAUUUAUUUUUUUCAAUAUUUAUAAUGUAUUAUUUGGCGCCCAGCAUGAAGCAGCCCCUGCCUGUUUGGAUCAGUGCCGUUUUUAUAUAGAAGAAACACCUUUUGGUCUUAAUCGAACUUAAAGAAGCAUGAAAGUACAUUGCAGAACUUUAUAGGAUGAUAACUUUUUCUUUUGAAGUAUUUACUUCGAUGGUGCUCCGAAAUCGACCUGUGUGACAGGUAGUGAAUGCUUUGAAUUGCGCAUAUGGCAUACUGUUAAAACUGUUGCCAUGUGGUGUUUCGUAACAUUUUUGACUUCUCGUAAAGAGAACGUGUGCUAAGCCUGUUUGCCUACCAUCUUGGGCCCGUACGGCUCGGUGCUGUUUCUUAAAAUCGUUGUUUUCUUCGCAAAUGUAAAGCAAACGGCUUCAUCUUACACAAACUGGUGCUUCUGUUCAUACAGAUGUCGAAAAUACCAGUGCGCCCGUACCAAAACCUACAAUCCACUAUUCAAGCCUGUCCUAGAGUGCGUUGUGUAACCUAGAGUUUGAGCCUAUUGCGUAUCGUGAUGUAAAGUUGUUCUGAUGUGAGAUUUGGCUAGUGUUUUGUCAGUUGGCUAGUACUAGUGGUUGACCGAUAUGGGUUUUCCAAUGACUGUUAUCAUAUCUAGAGAAUAGGCUAAUAUAAUGACGUAUGCGAAAUAAUAUCUGGACAAUAAAAUGGGUAGUUCACCAAAAAAAUUAAAAUUGACUGUCACUGUUAAUUCACCCUCAUGUCGUUCGAAACCUGUACGAUUUGCUUUAUUCUGCGGAACACAAAAGAAAAUAUUUUGAAAAAUGCGGAAAACCGUUUUUGUUCACGCAAUGAAAGUGAAAGGGGUCCAAAAUUUGGACCCCAUUGACUUUGUAUGGACAAUUUGGGAGAUUUCUGCCUGCCCGAUAUAUCGGUCUGUCACUAACUGGUACAGCGUUUUAAAAAAAAAAAAAAAAAUCAUUGGCGUACAACUUUGCCAACUUGAAGACAAAGCAGGAGUGGACGUCCUCAUAGUUUUGCGUCCUUAUUUCUUUUAUUGUGUUUUUGUUGCUUAAGUAUGUGCUCAAGGAAAAAUCAACCUCACCUAAGCUUUAGUCAGAAUGCUGUGUAAUAGACUAUGGUGUAUAAUAAUAUUAAAAAAACAAAACAAAAACAAUGUGUAAAUGUGGUCUUUCUGUCCAAUUAACAUGAGGACAUUUUGAUGAAAUAGGAUACUGACCAGUACAUUGUUACCAGCACUGAGGGUUUUUUUAAUAAUUAAUAGUCAUUGUUAAUGUUACUUGUUUUAAUGGCCAAUUUGUGUUUUGAUGUCUUUGCGACUGUUUAUCGAUGAUGGUUUUAUGAUUUCGUAAUCCUGACCAUUUGGAUACUCUAUAGAACAGUAAGGUGCUCUCCUACACUUUAAACAAGGAAAAUGCAGCUAUAAAAUUCAUGCACCUCUUGCAUUACAUGGGGUAAACAUUUAAUAAACGUCAAUGCAAGCUUUGCUUGUUUUACUUCAUUGUAAUGUCUCAUUUGAACUCUUUUGUCCAUAGACGCUGUUUCCUGUUGGGGUGGCAAUUCUUGAAAUUGAUGUUAAGCUAUUUAAAAUGUAAACCGAUCAUAAUUCUUGAUGUUGCGUUUUCUCAGGUACAUGUAUGAGGUUGCAUUGCAAAAGGCAACUCAAAUCCUUUCGCAUGUUAUAAAUAGAAUAAAGAAUAUGUUCUGAAUAUGUAAAUUUAGAUAUAUGUCUAAACAUGUAAAUUCAUAUAGGCUUUGUCUAGUGUCUCAGGAACGUCAGUUCUGGCUUUGUUAAUAGUUUUGCAUAUUGAAAGGGAAUGUUGAAAAUAUUGGCUGCCUUCCUAGAUGGCAGAUAUAAAUGAGAAUGAGAUUCCUUUACUGUGCAUUAUUUACCUGUGAUCGAAAUUUCCACUGAACGGCAUAUUCUAUUUUGUAGUCACCAACUCAAAGUUUGUCUGUUGUAAUUUGUCCCUUUUAAGUUAUUAUUUGUAAUACAUGCAUUCCUAUUUUCAAUUAAUCACAUUCUUAUGUUUUUUCAUGGUUCAGUAGAAAUAUCACAGGAUAAUGGUGCAACAACAGUAAACUCCUAAGAGUUGUCAUAUUUGUGACACUGUUUGGUGCUUUUAAUUUAUAACGACAGCCUAAUUCAGUUGAUAAGUUUUUAAAUCUCAGCUUUUUGUUAACAAAGUUAAUAAAGUGUUUCUAAUGAAAGCUCAGUUUGAUCCAUUCAUUUAUUUAUCUUUUUUAUUGCCUUACUAGCAUAAUGUACAAAGAUUGUCCAGCUGGGAAAGGUAAUAACACAACCAUUUAGAAGUAAAACAAUUGCAACCCAAUUUAAAAACAAUCGGAGGCAAUGCAGGUGACCUUUUGUGAAGGUCGCUCCACGUUUAUUAACAUCCUGGGUACUGUGGCCACACAUUCCCUGGGGCCUGCUGAUAAAUGGCGAUAACACUUGCUGGAUGAAAUUUGAAAAGAAUGUAAUGUUUUUGAUAUACAAUGAAGAUCAUUCCCUUGCAGCAACAUGGGUGGUGGUGGGGGGAGUCUGUGUACUUGCCAAACAGGCCUAAAAUAGACUCCUCUGUUUGGAGAAACGCUUAUAAGAGAGAGUUUGGUUUACCAAUACUUGCCUUAAUCAACAACAUUUAAAGUAUAAAAGUGUUUACGUUUUUGUAGAAAUACAUGACAUUAUACUAGAAAUCAUAAAACUUGUAAGCAUUCAAGAAAUACCCCUUUCAUCAGGAAUCCCAGAUAUUGCAAACAAUCUAGCGUUUUGUCCUCUGUGAUUUGUUCCUGUUCUUUUGGCUAAAAGAUACCUGCCUUAUCUUUUAGGACUGGUCAAACAUCUAGCAAACCAGCGCUAAAAGGACCUUGAAAGUCUGGAAAACAAGCGCAGCUGUAUGUCUUCCAGAGAUCUAGGAGUAAUGAAAGGGUUAUUGUUGUCGUUUCUUUGACCGUCAGCAAUUCACCCAAGUUAACCUUUAGCACUUCUAAUUUCAGGGCUUUUUUUCCUUAGUCAUAAAAGAUAGAUAGGGAAAUGUUAGAGGGAAUUGGGAAAUGGUGCAGGCAUCUUUGAACCUAGGUCCCCUUAAGCACUACGGUUCUUAUGUGUUUUAAUCACCCUUGCAUAUUUAGAUUACCAAUCUGUAAAUAUAAUGCCCAGCAAUGCGCACAAACUCAGGUUGCUAGCAAUAAGAAAACUAAAAGUUACAGGUGUCAUGGCACUGUCUUGUCUAAAUGGUAACCCAUGUUUUGCAGAAAGUCUUGCAACUUUGAAAAGCCAUUGAGGUUCUCUUGAGAGUUUUUCAGUACAAGGUUUGCCAUAUAGACACAACAGUGCCCCUGUUCAUUGUUUUUGGAUCAACUCCUUGCAGGGUUUGAACCUACACCCUCUGAGUUACUGACCUAGAUAUGCCCUUUUACCAUGCAAUGUUUAAUGAAGUCGAGAGCAAAAUAUAGUCAUUUACAAUGGGGUACAAAAAUGUACCCCAAGAAAUGAGGACACUUAACCGCAACCCAUGGGAAUGAAAUGAAGAAAUUAUGUACAAAUUUAAAAAAU